GCAAGAGCGAGAAGUCCCAGCAAAGAACUUUAGGGGGGUGGAACACACACCCAAGCAGAGGAGGACAACUCUGGCUCGGUAGUUUCGUUUUCACUCCCUUUCGCGGAAAUGAAACUAGCCAGCCAGCCAGGGGGCGCGGGGCGCGUGGCCGCACGUUGUCGCUGGGACGGUUUUCUCGCCCAGGUGAGCGGCUCGCGGGCGCCAGCAACCAUGUCCCAGGAGAUCUCCGCAGCCGGCGUGGCUGCUGCCGCGGAAUCAGCCUCAGGCCAGCAGGAGAUGGAUAAAGAAUUCCAGUUCCUCUUGUGCGAGGGAUGCCAGAAGGAAGUCAAGUUCCCCAAGCUCAUCGCCUGCCUCCACAACCUCUGUGCCAAAUGCCUCGAGUCAACGAGUUCCUGCCCCAUAUGUGAGACCCCACACUCCCAAAAUGCAGAGACCCCCACCCAGGACAACUGGCUCUUUGCAAAUCUUCAGGCCAAGCUAAGCAUCUACCAGAGGAUCACCAGUGGCCAAGACCUGAUGUGUGACAACUGUAAGAAGGAGGCGAGCUUUUGGUGUUCUGACUGUGAACGGUUCCUUUGCAGCUCGUGUUUUGAAUUCCACCAGAGAUGCCUGAAGAGGGAGAGCCAUGAAGCUAAAGCACUCAAGGAUCUCAGGGCUGAGUCUCUUAAUGAAUGCCUUGCAGGGAUCAGGAAGCUCAGCAUCAUGUUCUGCUCCAACGGGAGCCACAGUAACCAAAUUCUAAGUAUCUACUGCCCAGAUUGCAGGAAGAGCAUGUGUUGCGUCUGUGCCCUGCUGGAUGGCAAACACGGUGGUCAGCACUCUGAUAUCCAAAGUGAGAUCCAACGCAGAAAGAAUGAGCUUCAGAGUAUGAACACGGAGUUGAAGGAGAAGAAGAGCAGCUACGAGGAAACCCGUGGCAGCCUCCAACAGCUGGUGGAAAGCAUGGAGGAGGUGAAGAACGAAACUGCCAAGCAGAUCCAGCAGAAGGUUGAGGAGAUGGUGCGGGUGGUGCAGGAGAAGGGGAAGAAGCUGCUGGCCGAAGUGGAAGAUCAGCACCGCCAGCAAGUCCAAAAUGUAGAGGAGAAGCUGCAGCACCUGGAAGGGGUGCUCCAGAGGAUGGCCUCCAGCGAGCGGAUGGUGGAGAAGAUGCGUCUCUAUGCCUCCGACCAGGAGGUGAUGGACAUGCACCUCUUCAUCAAGGAGUCCCUGAAGGAGCUCCAAAAGAAACAGCUGCCCGCCAUCAAUUUCCAGAUCCAGAUCCAGAAUUUUGCUGAGGUCAAAACGCAACUCCAGGCUUUGUUCGAGAGAGUGACGAAAGAUAAGGAGGCUGUGCCAGAUAGAUUGGAAGAAACAUCUAACCAUGUUGCUAGAAUAAAGAUAAGCAACAUAGUCGGUAACUGUGUGACACACAUACCUAAGGACCACUCAGUCAACUCGCCGGCAAAGAGAAAAAUGCAAGAGGAUAUAGCUGUUCAGACCCCUCCAAAAGUGAUCAAAACUGAACCCGGUGACAGUGAAGGGGAGAAAUCAGCCAGCCAGGCGAGUUGCAGUUCUCUAGAACAACCGGGGACCAGUACUGAGCCUGCAUCAGGAAGUAGCUUAGGAGAAGUCACUGAAUAUGAUAUACGAUGGCAUCCCAUUCCCUCCUCAGAGUCAUCAGAACCAGAUGACCCCACAUGUUUGGACAGCUGCUCUGACGAGGAAGACAGCAAUGAUGAAUCUGCGGGCUCCAGCUUGCUAGAGGAAUCCAACAACAGAUCAGAGAAUGGGCUGGAAGAAGUCCCAAGAGAUCGCUUCAGCACACCCAAGAAGCCAGACUCAGGGCAAGGGGACUUGGUGUUCUUCGACGUGAAACUUCUACGAGAUGUCAUCCAUCUGGUGGCUGUAACCAAAGCAAGACACUUCUCCGUCAUGUUUCCACCGCUGCAGUCUUUGCCCAGAGAAGAUAAGAAAAAUAGUCUUUGUGCGAUUGAUCUAGAGAACUUCCUUCAACACCUCCAGUUCCUCCGGAAGCCCAUUCUAGUGGGCUACGACCUCUGGUCCAUGGACCUCCCAGCCCUGGUCAGUGCCUUGGAAGCCGUCAACAAGGCGGAAUUUUUUGAAGAAUCCAUUUGUGGUUUCCUAGAUGCCCUGCCUCUUAUUAAAGAGAAACAUCCCAAGAUCCCCAGCUAUAAGCUGAAGUAUUUAGACAAAAAAUAUUUUUGGGGAACGUUGGAUGAUACCCAGGCUUCAGAGUGUGCCAAGACUGUGAAGGACCUCUGCAACAUCUUGGAGAUUAACCCAGCCGUGGAGAAAAAACCUGUGAUCUUCUACUCCAGCCUGCGAUGUUAUGCUUCCCUCCAGCCCCUCCUGAGAAUGAAACUCCUCUCCAGGCCCUCUCUGCAGACCUUGGCCCUGCAGAAUGUCAGCCUUUCCACCCUACAGUCUGCGUACCAAAAGGACCCAGAAAAUGGCCUAAAGAAAUUGUGCAGGCACCUGAAUUCCACACGGAGGAACACCGAGAAGAGAAUCCUGAAGCUGAGUAAGAUUCGGACCUAUUUCCAAGCUCUCCCGUCAGCAGCUGGGUGUCCGUCACCUGAAGCCACACCCUGAAGUCUAAAAUGUCUGACAAAUUUGGAAUGGGGGUGAGACCAUCUACACCUGGCAGUUCACGUGAUUAUAAUGGGGAUAGGAGAAGCCCCUGCCCUAAUGCAGGAAUUGUGCUUGCUCCUAAUAUUGGAUCCUCUGUCACAAACAAUGUUAGAGGUGCCAUCUGUGGUCACAGGCUGAGCUGCGUCAGAGGACUCCUUCUACCCAGCUGCUGCUGAGCCCCUGAGCACAGGUAGACCUCCAACUUUGGUUUUAACCCAGGCGGAGGAACUAUAAUUGGACAGACGGGAUCAAAGAACCAAGCUGCCCAGCUCCUGGGUGCCUCCCCGCUGAGCUCCGUCUGCCUUCUUGGUCCACAGAGUAUAUUCAGUUGACUCUGAGCAAGUGAGAAGAUGAAGAAAACACUCUGCUGGGAACAAAGCCAGCUGGGAAAUGAGCUGGAGGGGUGACCCUAUGCUGGCCGUUGCAGGUGUUGGCCACAUGCCCCCUGCCUGUGAUGUCACACGAGGGGCGUGGCCAGUGCGCAAUGGGCCACCGGAGAGGGAGGCGAACACGAGCCCCCUCUACCCUAGUUAGACACCUGUUUUAACCCACGGACACGCUGCAAAUGGGAUUGCCUACUCUAAUGAUGAUCAUGUCAAUGAGCCUACCAUCUUCAUGAGAAAAGCUUCUUCCUUACAAUGGCUGGCCCAUAGAUGGGGAUGGCCCAUCGACUGCUCAGGCAUAGCUGUGGGUCAUGGCAGCUGCUGUUGGACUACAACUCCCAUAAUCCCUGACUAUUAAUCACUGUGACUGGGGAUGACGGGAGUUGCAGUUCCACAACAGCUAGCAGGCCAAAGGGCUUCUAUAUAUGGUUAUAUUUCAGUUCCAAAAGUUCUUGGCUUCUCUUCUUUGGUGUAACUUAUAAAUUUUGGGUCCAGGUGGAGAUGUGUCCAGACAUGUUGGUAUACAUUCAUGAGACGUAAGGUUCUGCUAGGGGGUGUUUCACCUACUCACUCUUGGCAAAUGCCUUGCAUUUUAGAACACAUGCUAAGUGGGUAGGCUUCAACACAAAUUGAGCUGGGCUUCUCCAUUCUGUUCUCAUUGGUGGCCAUUUUUGAUGUUCCUACGUGGAAAGGGUAGGUAUAUGGGAAAUCUCAGGAGAAAGAAGGCGGGUCAGGGUCUCAGGGAGGAUUGAUCAGGCAGAAUGGCAGCUCCACCCGCAGGUGUUUCAACUGAUAGUCCACUGGUUCAGCCUUCUGAUUCUAGUUCUUUGCCCGUCACCCCUGAACAAAUCAGCUUGAGUCUUUCUUCAGUAGAUACCACUCUAUAAACAUUUAGGCGUGCAUUAAGACAACCUAUUUUUGUAAUCCUACGAAGUAUUCUUCGCUGUAUUUAGAAGAUGGGAAAACCUCAGACGGAAGUAGUCUGUAGCAAUUGAAUAAAACUGUUUUUUUUAGUUA